GUACGUAUAUGAGCGCACGCGGCGCGGGUCUCGGGCCUCUUGUUUUCCCGCCGCCAUCAGUGUGCGUCGACGCGCAUGCGCAGAAGCUCCUGCCGGACACCGCGCACACACACACACACGGCUCGAGCACAGUGACCCGUCAUGGCCGACCUGGACAAUAAGGAGCAGGCUGAGCUGGAUCAGGCCGAUAUGGAGGAUGUAGAGGAAGUGGAAGAGGAGGAGACUGGAGAGGACAGCAAAGCUCGACAGCUGACGGUACAGAUGAUGCAGAACCCUCAGAUUCUGGCGGCGCUACAGGAGAGACUGGAUGGACUCGUGGGUUCGCCGUCAGGAUACAUGGAGAGUCUGCCGCGGGUGGUGAAACGGAGAGUGAACGCUUUGAAGAACCUGCAGGUGAAAUGUGCUCACAUUGAGGCCAAGUUCUACGAGGAAGUGCACGAGCUGGAGAGGAAGUAUGCUGCACUCUACCAGCCUCUCUACGACAAGCGCAGUGACAUCAUCAAGGCAGCGUAUGAACCCACAGAGGAGGAGUGUGAGUGGAAGCAGCCUGAGGAUGAGGAGCUCUCAAGUGAGCUGAAGGACAAGGUGAAGGUAGAAGAGGAGAAGAAGGAUGAAGAGAAGGAGGACCCUAAAGGAAUUCCUGAGUUCUGGCUCACUGUGUUUAAGAACGUCGACCUGCUCAGUGAGAUGCUGCAGGAGCAUGAUGAACCUAUCCUCAAACACUUACAGGACAUCAAGGUCAAGUUCUCCGACGCAGGACAGCCCAUGAGUUUUACGUUAGAGUUCCACUUUGAGCAGAACGACUUUUUCUCCAACACGGUUCUCACUAAGACCUACAAGAUGAGAUCCAAACCCGACGAGUCCGACCCCUUCUCCUUCGACGGCCCUGAGAUCAUGGGCUGCACUGGGUGCACAAUCGACUGGACCAAAGGGAAGAACGUUACUCUGAAGACCAUAAAGAAGAAGCAGAAGCAUAAGGGCAGAGGGACGGUGAGGACAGUCACCAAGACUGUCCCUAACGACUCCUUCUUCAACUUCUUCUCCCCUCCUGAGGUACCAGAAAGUGGUGACCUGGAUGAGGACUCGGAGGCCAUCUUGGCGGCGGACUUUGAGAUCGGUCACUUUAUCCGUGAGCACAUCGUGCCGCGUGCCGUGCUCUACUUCACCGGAGAGGCCAUCGAGGACGACGACGAUGAUUAUGAUGAGGAGGGAGAGGAGGCCGAUGAUGAGGAGGGAGAGGAGGAAGCAGAUGAAGAAAAUGAUCCAGACUAUGACCCGAAGGUUUAAAUGGUGUGUGUGUAGCAUAGCACAAGCCCCGAAGGAUGCAAACCCCCCGGCGGAGUGUAAACAGCAGUGAUGGACACACACUGCACUGUGACGGUGUAAAUCCCUUCCUUUGGUCCUGCAGCCUUAUGUUUUGUAUUUCUCUAUUGGUAGAUUAAUCAUAAUUACUGACACACACACACACACACACACACACACACUCUCUCUCUCUCUCUCUCUCUCUCUCUCUCUCUCUCUCUCUCUCUCUCUCUCACAGCAGCUGUGGCUCACUGCAACCCAAACCCGCCCCCAACACACACACACACACACACACACACACACACACACACACCUCUACUUGCAGGAACAUUCCAGAAACAUGACUCAACACCAGCCAGGGUUACCUGCUCUCUGAUUGGCUGAAUCCUCCUCCUGUCCCAGGAAGUCAUUGGCUGGGAAAUUAGUCAGGAUUUAGGGUUCUGAACAUUCCUGCUCACUGAUUGGCUGAAUUCUGACUGUUAUUCAGGUUUGGUGUGGAAUUGACUCCGCCCCCAGCUCGGACACUUUCAGCUUGCUAUUAGCUCAGCAUAGCCACUGUGUGGGAGGAGCCAUGUGGCAGUGCAGUUGACUCCGCCCCAUACUUAUCUUUAUUUUUACAUUUAUUAUUUACUUGAUUUUGUCUGUAAAUAGCAGCACUUUGGGGCCAUCGGAGGCUGAGAAAUUGUUCUGCUCUGUGAUUGGCUGAAUCCUGACACGGACUUCCUGUCCAUUCAGGAAGUAAAUAAAACUGAAGCCUGUGAUUUGAGUCUUUAAACCUCCUGCUUUCUGGUUUGCUAAACCCUGACUGACUUCCUGCCACUUCCUGUUAGGACGGCGUCGGGUAGGCUCCGCCCACAUGGUUGCCUUAUAUAGUAGUAGCAGUUCUGCCAGUCAGAAAUGUGAGGGGCUCCGCCCCCAGCCGCUUAGCUUUUUUUGUUGUAGCACUUUAGUAGUCAGGUGAGAAAGCAAAGCUCUGCUCUGAUUGGCUGAGUCAUCAGUUUGCUGUUUUUGCUGUGUGGUGUGGAAUUAGCUCCGCCUGCAGUGAUGUCAUCAUUCUGUUAACGGUUCUGAGUAGCUGAACUCUGACUUUCUUUCAUUCCAGUCUAGUGUGGAACUGGCUUUGCCCACACACCAGCCAGAAUCUUUCACAGGAAGCAUGUUGGGAGGUUUAAAACGUGAACGGUUCUGAAAAGUUCUGAACUGGAUCUGAUUGGCUGGAUCAUGAAAUGGCUCCGCCUCUAAUAGUUCUCUUUUUUUUUUUUUUACUGUAGCACUUAAGCAUCUGAGUUUAAUGUCCGUUCUCUUAAGUGUAGGAUUCAGACUGAGCUUUAACCUUCACCCUCAGAUUCCCCCACAAACAUCUCCACUCCACCUGCACCACACCAACCUGGACCAAUGACGACAACACUUCAUCAUGCUGACUGUGUGUGUGUGUGUGUGUGUGUGUGUGUGUGUGUGUGUGUGUGUGAGAGAGAGAGCUGCAGCUGUUGUCGAGACAGUCCUCCACGUUACAGAUGUACUAAUGUACUCAGAUGUGUACUCAUCCAAUAAACCGGUUCUACGUGCA